AUGUUAUUAGUGUUGUUAGCUCUGCUCGUCGCUCCUACGAUAGCUCGAAUUCCAUAUCUCUGCACCGAGAAUAGGAGUGGGAAUAAAACCACCUCGUUCUCAAACCAACAGUUGGAGACAGAAGCAGAAGCAGAACGACGGAGAAUCUACGAACAUUGCACUGAAAUAUGCGAAGAUCAGCAAACGCCCGGCAUUUCCUGCGCAGAUUGUGAGCUCCCUUACGAAGGUUACGGUUGUCUACGAAGGAGGAGGGAGAUUCGUGGGGUGAUGCCUUUAAACGCUAAUAAUAACACUAACGAGCAGGUAGAAAUGAACUGCAUCAUGGAAUGUGAUCUCUUGCUGCCAGAUCGAAAAGCUCAGUUACAAUGUCUUCGGGCCUGCAGAACGUUAACAUUUCGAAAGUUUUUGUUAUGA